AUGAGCAUAUUGCUUCAGGAAGUGUUGCGCGGUGUGGAUGGGAAGUACCAUUCAAUAGCAACCGAAAUCCUACCGCUGCUCUUUGACCUAAUAUGUGGUACCUCGGUGGACAGAAUCGUGCCCAUUUCUUCGACCCGAAUCAAAAGAUCUGGAAAAAGCGGUUUGAACACCAUACUGAAGUCUGCCAUAUCGAAACAGAAUUCAGUAGCAGAGGCUAGUCAACCCACACAAGUGGACCCACAGUUCGUGGACUCUAUACCACAAUUAACUUCAGAAGUGCUAUCCUCCCUGGCCGAGAAUUUCCUGAGUCCUGAUCAAUUAUCCUACACGACCAAACUUCUGCUUGAACGGUUUGAGCUGUUGAAAGCCAGACUCACUGAAACUGCGUUCGAAGAUUUGGUACGGAUUCUGGAACGCUUGCUGAGUGCCCUGCGGCUCGAUGUUUUCAAUCAACUGGAAGAAAACUUUGGCCAUGUUUUGACAAUCCAGCUGUACUCCAUCGAACAGCGGAUGAAUUUCAUCCUUAUGCUCGCAGAUUGGGACUUGUUCGAUCGGGAUGUGUUCCCAAACCUCGGCUCAUUUUUCUGUCAGCUACCACAAUGUGACAACGUGAAUGAUCACCACACUUUGUCGAGUGCCACACUGUUCGGAUUUCUGUUGAAGCUUUGCAUCCUUAGGCGUCCUCCCCCACCAGAACCAUUUGGUGUAUUCUCCGUUGAUUCAGAUGGCUGCUGUUCAUUCACAUUGCGUGAAAAACAAGGGAAGAUUGAUCUCCGUUCGUCCUCUGUUAUCUCGGCAAACAGCACGCCUGUCGUGGUGAAUUUAAUCUUAUCAGCUAUUUCAAACGCUUUCGAUGGAGAUCGGGUUCCCGAAAGAGAUGCGUCUGAAUGGUUCCUUGCCUAUUGUUUGACCUUCCUAAGUCCCCUGCCGUUGGAACACGUCAGUACCGUACUUUGUCAGGCAUCUCAUCUCCUGGUCACUCAAAUCACUUCAAACACUCCAGAUGUUCCCAUAUCUACGAACCAAUUACUGCUUUUGACCUCGCUGCUGGUUUUUGUCGAAACACGUUCGCAGUUAUUUCCUUCCGGUGGACAGUAUGGUCAACCGACCAUCCCGUUCGGAGAGGUGCCUGUGAAUGUCCUUCUUCGUUUGGCACGAACUCAAUGUUUGACUAAUACCGAUGUAUGCUGCAUCGCGCUGCGCAUAUCAGAUAUCGUCUGUUGCGCCCGUGCCCUUGUUUCACCGGAGCAACGUACGAUGGAUCCUGACCCAACAGCCGUUUCUGAUCUACUCCCCUGUCUUGUGUCCCCAAGUCAUCAGGUACGACUGCAUGCUCUCCGAUUGUUAUUGGUGCUCAGUAAGGCGGUUACUUUGGAUGGCACUUCAACCUCUCCUGGAGAUGUCUUGCUCUCCACUGUUCCUGUGCUCACCCGUUGUUUGCGCGCCGAAAAAAUUCACCUCCACCCUCAAAAUGUCCGAGAGUUCCUGAUACCUGUUCUUCACAUGCAUGCUCAUCGUAAUGGAAUAAAAGACUUACCAUCCUCUGCCCAAAUCGCCUUACAUCAUCUCUUGGGUUUGCUACACGUUCCUCUCACAUCUGCUUGGCCUGGAAUUCAGGAAGCAAUUGCUAGCUUUGCUGAGUUACCUGUGUCAACACCAAAACGCGAUGCACACACGAAGUCAAACAUGGGUGUUGAUGAAGAGCGAUCACAAUGGUCAUACGUGGCCCGUCAGCUUUAUUGGACGGUCAUUGAACCUGUCCUGAAGGAAGCCAACAGCAUAGUGCUAGAAAAUAGCCAACCAGGUGCGCCAUGGCAUAGCAUGAAAUAUUUCUUCGUCUGUCUUACAGCCCAGUCAGUGGCGGAGAAACCCAUCGACCCCACCGAUCCAUUUUUCCGAUUUCUGCAGCGGCUGUGUUGGCAACCAGACAAAGACUAUUUGCCCUUUGAGACUAAUCAAGACGUUGGCUUUCGCUCAAUCAACUGGCCUGUAUAUCAUCUCUCUCUGUGGCGUUGUCUUCGUCCGAUUAGUGCAUGCCAAAAGUCUCGCCUAAUCAGUCCUUUGGCACUGAAGAUAAUCCACUUCGGACUCGAACACGGAUUCACGAGAUCUGAGGAAGAGUUACUUAUUGUUGUGCUGGAUCUGUUUUCCAAGUUCCCAAACCUGAAGUCCAUUUGCCAGGAAGUGGAAUUCCGAACAGCUCUGUAUGAACUACUUACCAACAAACGCCCAACAAUACAGUCUGCCGCAUUCAAAUGUUUGCUAGCCUACAAAAAUCCUGCACUGAACGCAUACAGGGAUCAGUUGGAACGGAUAAUUGAAAUGAAAACAUUUCGGGAAGAAAUACGCACCUUCAAACUGGAUACUGCAGUUCAAAACACCGCACACCGUGCCCAUGUUGCACCAAUAUUUCUUCGAAUUUUGUACGGUCGACUGCAACUGUCAAAGAAUAGUUUUGCUCCAGCUAUCUUCACUAACCUGGCCACUUGUUCGUUCGACGAAUUCAGCUCUUUUCUCAACCUUCUUUUUGCACCAUUAUUGAGCAUGUCCAUUUCUGGUGGCCAAACAUCUAUUCUCGGGCUUCCACAAGAUUCGAACGAACUGAUCCGCUUGACUGAUGACUUGCAGGACCGUGUUAAGCAAUCUUGUCUUGUCGAGAGAACAUUGAACUGGUCCAAACUUCAAGCCCUGUCAAAGGUGCUCAAUCAUGUACUGGACUAUAUGGGUCACAGACUGGGUGCAGCGCGUAUCGCGUUGAAUCACAGCGACGAUGGACCUCCAGACACUAAUAAAAAUGAGCAUGUGGAUAUAUUGCUUCGAUUGGGACUUUGUCUAAUCGCAAUGGUUCAGGCCGCCAAAGAUGCAAAGUCAUCGUCCGCCGCUAGCAAUGCUUCUCGGUCCGGCUAUCUACCCCUAGGUCCCCAAGUGAAACGCAUCCGUUCGACUGGCGUUCGCCUAUUGGAACAUUUGUUCAACUCAGACCUACUUCAGUCGAACGGGUUUUGGAGUGAACACGGUCGCUUAAAUGCCGUUCAGCACGUCUGCCUCCAGCCCUCAAUUAUGGCCACUCUGCUCACAAGCUCUAGCGUUUCAACGAAUCACCUACUGUUGACCCUGACUCUCCCGUGGUCCAGUUCAGCCAGUCUCGCAGCGGCGCUGCUGUCUCAUUCGGUCCUAGAAACACUGUUGAAAUUGUUGUGUAUGCCGAAAUUAAACUCCGCAGUGGCCGAGAGGUUGAUUGAAAUAAUCUCUAAUUUGAUUUUCUUACCUGAUGUACAGAUGGUUGGACGUAAACUAAUAAUGCCGUUCCAUGCGCACUUGAUUCAAUACAUGAGUGAUCGCUUGGAACACAUAUCCAAUGUUAAGACCUUGAAGUUCUUCGAGCAAAAACAUGGCAGCCUGCGGCUCCAACGCGAAUUUCGAAUUCUCACAUUCCUGGCGACGCCUGUGGAGACUGACGACAGAACACUGAUUAUUGUAUCACCCAAGGAGGCAGAUCACCUUCUCCAUGGUCUUCUCAGUCUGCUCACGCGAACCAGCAUUCGUCUCAAGAAUCCUCGGAAACGAAUUCCUAUCCAUUCGGAUGAUAUGGGUGCAUCGUAUGAAUUGCAGUUGGCAACUGAGGAAGUUGUGGAGGCUGAGCUUGUCAACUGUGUGAUACAGCUGAUCGGAAUAGCGGAUAAUCUGGAGAAACACCUUGCUCGCAUGCUGAAUUUAUUUUCGCGUUUGGAUUCUCGCAUAUGUCGGAGUCUCCUGUGCCAGGCGGUCGGUGUCGGAAUUUCACGUAUUCCAGCUCCAUCGGACGACUUAUUCCAGCGAUUGUGUAAGGUGUCGAGAGAAGGGGGUGCAUCUGAACACUUACGAACAUACCUGAAUACCUUGAGACAGUCAGACAAAGCUGUGGGCCAUUUAUGCGAAGACCUACUUUCCCGUCUAAACUCAUGGGACCAAAGUCGCCUGGACCAACCGGACUCGUUAUGCCGUGAACACGCUUUUAGCGUUCUCAUGGAUUUAGUACAUCUACUUGAAACUGUGGAAUUACCAGAACAGACAUUGUAUCUACACCUUGGUGGACUUAACUGCGCCUUGCACACCUUAUGCCGUGCAGACCUUCAGCUGCGAGAUGCAGCUUUGGAGUACUGCCUUUCGGUUUCCAAGGCUGUCGAAUCCUGUCGUGCCAAAGCCCCAUCCUAUCACCGCGCUCUCAUCCUUGGCUGUUUGUGGCCGGGUCUCUUACGAGCUCUGCGUGACCCCCUCCUAGCUGGUCCUAAGCGCAUGCACUUAUUGAAACUCUUGAGCGGAAUGGUUCAUGUAUUUCGAAAACAUCCCCGCUUCGCUCCGUUGUCUCUGCUGACCGACCCCAACUCUCCCACCGCUGAUUUCUUUGCCAGCCUACAAAGUGGUACCGUGACGCGGCAGUCCCAGGCUAUGCGGCGGUUGGCUCUAUUCCUUCGUAAUCCCUUGACGAUUUCCGCCAAACGUCAACUUGCUACAGUCAGAACCAGUUCCCAACUGAAAGACUCGGAUUUUGUUAUACCAGAACGUGAUUUGUGUAACCUAUUCCUGCCGUUGGUUCAGUUCUACCUUGAUCCACAGAUUCGCUCCUCCGUGGACAAUAUCUCUCUGGUUCCCGAACAGAAACGACUUCUGGAACAUUGCGUGGAUGCUGUAGGUGCUCUUGCAAGUCACUUCUCUUGGAACAAUUACCAGAAGCUAUUACGUUGUUAUCUCUCCAGACUUAAGACAGCUAGUAACACAUCCUUCGUUGCUCGAGUCAUAACUGUCAUUAUUGAUGCCUUCCGACCUCCUGCGUGGCCCCAGUCCACAAAGAAAGCCGUCUUGGAAGUUGAGGAAACACAAGAAUCUGUCCCCCGGCCCUGUCCAGUGGGUAGUUCGGUUGACUAUAACUCUGUUUUGACUUAUAUGCUCGAAGUUGUUAGGCUGCUUCAGCCAUUUAUCUCGAAACCACACCGAGCUGCUUUGGUCUCGAAAGAUGCUGACAAGUCGACUUCGAAAAAUUUCCGAAUCUCUCUCAUUGUAUCACUUGUGUCCCUGUUGCGUCGUUUGCCAAGUGGUCAUCUCGAAUCCAGACUCCCAUCGUUGAUACUAUCGGUGGUGAAUGUAUUGCGUCCUUCACCAAAUAUAUCUCCCCAGACGCGCUCGGAAGCGGUUCGUUCUCUUACCCGAGUUGCACGUAUGCUUGGUUUGGGAAAACCGUUGGACACCUUGGUUAGUGUCGUGAGUCAACAGCUAAGUCGCGGAUACGCUGCACAACAGAUUCGUCUGUUCACCUUACAUAAAAUUCUCUCUGAAAUUGAAUCAGCGAUCAUUUCGGGUGAGAUUAUCUUUCGACCUGGCGAUCUGGACGCAGUUGGAAAGAUCCUGUCCUCACACUAUCUGGACGAACUAGUGGGCUCGCUGGCCGAAGAGAUGGAUUCGAGAAGAUCCGCUGGACAGUCUCUAUCUACGAUUCAUCCAAGCAGGUUGCACACUGAUUCCGAAUCAUUUAGCGCAGCGAACUUAGGCGGAAGGAUCGAGUUUGAUUUACCCGAGGCUAGCGGCAUCAAAGCACCGGAUGGUCUUACUCGAUUAUGUCGGCUACUCUCUCCCGAUGGAUUACUUCACUUAUUUGAAGCCAUCCAGUCAGCCGUCUCUUCGGCGGCCACAGGUAAAGCACUCAAAGAUGACGAUGAUCCUUCAGAUGUCAGUGCGACCGGUUGUGGUCUGAGGUUUCGUAAUCGUGCGCUCGCCAGGGUCGAAGUUGCCCUGGCUCGUCUCCCCACACGAAACGGCAUGUUUACAAAGAAACAGUCUGGUACUCUUCAGCCAGAAUGUCUUUUACGUUUGGCCUCUGAACUGAUCGGCCGCAAUAUCACGCAAGUCUUGUCUAAGGAUCAUCCGGAAGAACAACGGAAUGAAGCGGCUGCUGAACUAUCAAAGAAACAGAUGAGUGAGGGUUGGAUGCGUCCACGAUCAAAGCUUCUUGAGCCGCGGUGGAACUACCUCGACAUAGAAGCUGAACCCGCUCGCGAACGGGGUCACUUGUCUCAACAGUCCGAGUUGACCCAAGCUCACCUUUUGGUGUCCUGCGGCCUUCACAUUCUGGUUGGACUGCUACGUUAUGGUUGGUUGAAACGGGAUCAGUCGACACAAAUGAAUGAGCUGGCGAAUUGCAUUCCCCUGAUCCUGGAUUGUAUGCGUUCCAAAUAUGUCCGGGUGUUGGGUGGGGCACUUCGUUGCCUGAAUUUGUUGUUCAUUAUAUGUGCAAACAAACCCUCCUCUACUGUCAUUCCGAAUUUUACUAGUUAUUUAGAUAUUGCUGGCAAAAGGCUAUUUGAAUUGUUAACAACUCAUCCGGGUAUUCUGUCGACGAAAACUGCAGCGACUGACGUAUAUGCACAGCAGUUUGCAUCCAAUCUAUACCGAGCGUUGGCUGCUUUGGUCCGUCAUCAAGCGGGUUAUACAUUAUCCCGGUCACAGUUGCUUACUCUUUUGAACGCCGUAGACAUAGAAAUAACGAAGGAUUCAGCCACAGCACCUUCGCUAUCAUUACUUCAAGCGAUUUUCCAGAGAAGGCUCCGCGAUCCAAACUUACAAAAGGAGGAAUUAGAUUUUCUCACACUCACAGGAGAUCCCGAAAUGCAACAGGAUGUCACAGCCGGUAAAGUUGGACUCAUUGUUGCUAAGUCCACUGAUCGUGAUUAUAGUGAGGCUAGUGGGGCCGGCGGUGGUACUCGCCUACUCGAUCUCAUUGAGCGACUUCAACAUCUAGCCAUUACGUCUACUUCGGAAAAGAUACGUGCGGAUGCGCGUUGUUGCCUUGUAACUUUCUUACUCAACUAUCCUCACAAAGCCAAAUUCGUGCAGAGCUUUGUAGCCUUCUGUUUGCGGCAGCUCGAAUACAAUAAGCCAACUGGUAGGUUAUCUGCUGUCAGUCUUUUGACUGGGCUAGUAUCCGACCUUCCGAUCGGACGCCUUGUUGCUAAUAGUCUGGACGAAGCGAUCCUCGUCAGUGUUGGUGCUGCGAUCGAGCGCGAGUCAGUACGAUCUUUGCGUGUGGGCAUGUUGGCUUUAAUUCGUGUCCUGUUCACCCGACUCUCGCCAGAAGCCGCGGAUUCUCACUUCAACGACUAUCUAUUGGCAUUUUUGUCUGCACCUGCGGCUUCUCGUUGCUCUGCGCGCCUACUGGGUCUGCAGUUGAUUUCCGCUGUUCUUGACUGUCAACAUCGUCUAAGCCAAGCAAGGUAUCGCCCGGUCCUUCUCAAACUUUUGGGCACAGACACUAUCCCAUCUGCUGCGGCACAACUAUGCCAGUUCGUGUUGGGAAGUCGCAAAAUCCGUGCCUCUUCGGGAUUAGAUCCACUGUUUGAAGGUGGUCUUACUUGUCCGGCAGAUGAGGUAGCUGCAGCACAAGCGGUUGUGGAGGAUGCGGAAUGGGUUGCAGGAUUAUCUUCUGAUCCGCUUCUCCCCAAAUCUGACUCCGAACAGAAAACCGAUGACGAAGAACCACCUGUUACUGUGGAGAAUGAAGAGGAGAUUGAGGCGAGUGUGGAAUCAGAAGAUUCUGAUGUAGAACGGGAGCAAACGCACUUCGAAGCAGCUGAAGAGGACGCUCGCAUCAUGUGCGACCGUUUGCUGACGACGUCCCAAUCCUCUACUAGGAAACUAUGCAAAUCAGCCGUUGAAAAUCUGUAUUUUCUGGUUGCUUGUACGCUUGAGCAUGCACUCAAGUUAGUCUACCGUUUACUUGCUCCUGCAUCAACGUCUUCUGCUGAAUCGACGGACUCGGGUUUUCAGUUGUCUGUGUCGCCAGCGGUUACAUCUAUCUGGCAAGCCCUACUGCGUCUUUCUCCGUCUACAGGACUCGAGACCGGUAGUCUUCCUGGCGAAACCACUCACAGUAGAACAGCUCGAUAUUCGACCUUGUUUUCUAUCGGCAAAGCACCAAAAGGAUCGUCCGUUUCAGAGCUGGAGCGGCUAAGUUUAUUAUGCGCUGGACACCGGGAAGCACGUCACUGGUCUUCACUAUGUUUAGCACUUUUACUGAGAGUAGAAGUUUCGGCAAAUGAGACGCUUCUUGUAAACAAGGACGCGGAUUCGGCAGAGGCUGUUGGAUGUAAAACGAAAUGUGCUUUCUUUCGGGAGAUUCGAAAAAAACGCAAACUUCGGACAUCCUUGCUCCAAAGAUUGAUGCAAGAUUGUCUAUUCCAACUGGAACACGAUGCGAAAGACCCGCUGCCAGAGGAUUGGUCAGACUCACUUAUUGCAAACUUGGUACAACUGGCUCAGCUACUUCACCUAGAGGUUGGUCGGAAACCUGUUUUGAAACUGUUCCGUGCGGCCAAUCGUAUUGCACUGGACGAGUUGAAUAACCGUCCACACUGUUACGUCCAGCGUACCUUGACACUCAAACUCAUCACUACGUUAUUAAUGCGACUGCCCCAUCCACAACCUGAGGAAUUAGCAAUCUUACUCAAAGGCAAACCGUCUGUCGAAACGGGACCAGCUCAGGAGCAGGAAAGUGAGGGCCUACGUGCGCCUGCUUACAUAGCUUACAUACGCGCUGCAUCCCGUCAGCUGGCUCGUGAAUUCCGGCAACGAGAACGUUUAGUCUUCAUGGCCGCGUCAAGCCUUAUGGUUGCUCAAGACGAAGAGGUCGGCGGUUCAGACGCUGCUCGUGCGCGUCUUGGGGGUAUAAAAUUGUCCAAGGAGCUAUCUGCAAGAGCACGCGUGCGACGGAAGAAGACGCAAGCCCGUCUUCGUCGGGCACUUAUGUCUGGAACCAUUCGGCCCGAGGCAGCCAAACAUCUGGUGGCUUCUGCCGCCGCCAGUAGAGCUCAUGCAGGUCCUGACCAAUUAGUCAACAUGAUAGAAGCUACGGAACAAAGUUUGACUGAAAGCAUCGGUGGGGGGAAUCGACAACUAAUCCAGACGGUAUGCAACCAAGCCAGUUCCGUGGCAAAAGCCAAACAACAAGAACAUAAUAUCAAAAAGGCUGCUAGGGCAGCUCUUGGCGUAAGCUGGAUGCCUCCAAACAAUGCUCCGACCUUUUCUGAUGUCAUAUCCGCCAAGUCCGACACAGCGGGACGAAAACGCGCCAAGUCUUCCAUGGAAUUCGAUCAUGGAGAAAAACCGAAACGUCAACGAAGCAACUAAAUCCUUUGCAUAUUUCCUCCAAUGUUUU